AUGGCAGUUAUCAUCGAUGUGGAUGGUUGCCUCUACCCGAAGUCCACAGGGCUCGAGGACGAGAUCGUUCGAAACAUCCAUCGAUGGUGCCUCAGCAGGUACAAGAUGUCGCCUGAGGAGAGCGACGAGCUACACAGGAGGUUCGGGUCGACCGUGAGAGGCCUCAAGGAGGAGAGGAACUUGAGCCCUAAAGAAGAGAAGAGCUUCUAUCAGGAGGUCUUCUCUUCGCUGGACUACUCCAAGCUCCUUAUCAACCCCGCCUCUUCUGACGAUUCUGGUUUCCGCCAUGCAAGCAUGUUGCGUCCUCUCCUCUCCUCUGCUUCUUGCAAGAAGAUCAUUGCUAGCAACUCGCCGCUGUGGCACGUGAACAAGGUUCUGAAUGCGUUGGGCCUUUCCCGUGUCGGUUGGAACUUCAUAGCGACUCCAGAGAAAAUGGGAGGACUGACCAAAUCAGAGCCAAAGUUCUGGGAGGAGCUGAAGAAAGCGGCUGCUCUUCCUGCCGACUGUGUGCUGCUUGACGACAGCGACGUGAAUCUCAAGACAGCUGAAGGAGCUGGCAUACGACCGAUGAAGGUUGAUACAGGAAGGCCUGUAGAAGAUGCUAUGCUGGAAGUUCUUGGAAUGAUUUCACCCCAAGACGAGUGGAACUUUGAUGCCGUUGAGUACAUCAAGGCAAAGAACGUAAUCGACAAGAGAUCGAUGAACGAACAAGUCUUCAGCGCAUUGCUCAGGAGGCUGGCGCUGCUGGGGAGGGAGGAGACGUUGAGGAUCGUAGACGUGGGAGCGGGGCUGCUUUCUAUGCUCUUCAAGCUCGAGAAAUUCUUGGAGGAGAGGGAGGGACCGGUGGAGUACAUCGGGCUGGAAGUUGACGGGACCUUGUUCGAGCAUGCUGGAAGGCUGUUGGCUUCCAAGGGGUACGAGGAGAGAGGAAGUUCAGCGCCGGGCGCAAAGUUGCGGCAGUUCAGCAGAGGCAACCUGCGGGUCACGAUACUCCAGGAUGACGUGAGAAGGAUGAAACCGAACGUUUUCGGAAGGGUUGACCUGUUUGUUGCCUGCUGCUUCGUUGAUCUUGUGGACCCGGAGGUCCUCGUCAAGACUUUGUUGCGCAUCGCCGGCUCCCGCAGCAAGACUCUGGUCUACGCUCCCAUCUCCUUCUGCGGGGAGACAACCAUCCUUCCCUCUCACCACCAGCAGGGAGACCUUCCUAGCGACGUGGCGAUGAUGGCCUCCUACCAUGACAACCUGCGCGUGCAGCAGAAGCACUUCCUCGACCUCUCGAUGUUGCAGGACGUCAUCCAGGAUCAUGGGGGAUGCAUGCUCGCGGAGGGAAGCUCGGACUGGGUGAUAAGUGCUCCAGCAGAGCAGGAGCAGGAGCAGGAGCAGGAGCAGGAGCAGGAGCAGGAGCAGGAGCAGGAGCAAUCGUCCAGCGCCCUGUCUACGAUGAGGAAGUGCAUGCUUUACUUCUUCGGGAGGGGCCUGGCACCUUUGAACUCGCGCUCCUGCAACGUUGCUGGCUGGAUCGACCGGCUCAAGUCCAGCAGGGCAACUAUUGUAGCCAAGAACAAGGACUUGUUGUUCCAGCUGCAAGGAGAGGAGGAGGUAGAGGAGGGAGGAGAGAAGGAGAAGGAGGGAGAGAAGAAGGAGGAGGAGGAAACAGGCAGAAAGGAAGGAGUGAGCAACGAGCGAGCAAUCCUUGAGUUCGUUGGUCCUCGGCAAGUCAAGGUCCGGUAUGAGCAGGAUGUCGCCGAGCUCAACAGCAGACUCGCCAAGGACGAGCUCCUUCUUCAGACUCUCAGCUCUGCUGUCAGCAGCGGGACUGAGCUGAAGAUUUUCCGAGGAGAGUUCGAGGAGGACGCCCAGCUGGAUACCACCAUAGAGGACAUGAAGGAGCAGCGAAUGGCGUAUCCUCUUUCCUACGGCUACUCCCUGGUGGGGAGGGUGAUAGGGAGUGGAGUAUCAGCGAGGGAGUGGGAGGGGAAAAGACUCUUUUCCUUCUCUCCCCAUUCAUCUCACGCCAUCGUCAGCGCCAACGGCGCUAUGCUCGUCCCCGAGCACAUCUCUGACGAAGACGCCUGCUACUUCCCAGCUGUGGAGACUGCUCUCUCCCUGGUGCAGGAUGCUCGCCCGAUGGUCGGCGAGCGAGUCGCGGUCUUCGGGCAGGGGAUGAUCGGCUUGCUCGUCAGCUCCAUCCUCGUCCAAACCGUCGGGCCCGAGCAUGUUGUCGCUGUCGAGCUCGACCCGGCCCGGGCUGCCCUUGCUCGCAGAAUGGGCGUGAAGCACGUUCUCACCCCAGCUGAGCUUCAGCAGCGCCGCCUGCACAUCGACCUCUCCAUUGAGGUGACGGGCAAUCCGCGGGGGCUCCAGGCGGCUCUAGAUCAUACAGCUCGAGGAGGACGGGUGCUGCUGGGGUCCUGGUACGGCUCGAAACCAGCUCAGCUCCUGUUGGGCAUCAACUUCCACCGAAGUCAGCUGUCUAUCAAGUGCUCUCAAGUCAGUCAGAUCGCUGCUGACCUCUCUGGGCUGUGGAGCAAGCAACGGAGGUUUGACGAGGCAUGGACGUGGGUAGGAAGGAUCAGGCCCAGUCUUUUCCUCUCUUCUCUGUUCUUGCCGCUGGAGCAAGCACAGGAGGGGUACUCGAGCCUGGACCAGCAGAAGCCUGGAGUUGUAGGUGUCCAGUUUGUCUACAAGUGA